AUGCAAAUACCAUUUCCCCAGAAAGAAAUCCUUAACCCCUAUUUGCCACAAGCACCAUUUCCCCAAAGACUCAGGGGAGGUAAGAAGGAGAGGACAUACACUAGAUUCUUGGAUAUAUUUAAGUCGCUUCAUGUCAACAUUCCCUUCCUUGAGACCCUACAACAAAUGCCCACAUACAUUAAAUGUAUGAAGGAGCUGAUGACCAAAAAGAGCACCCUGAAAGGAGGACAAACAGUGGUGAUGAACAAGAAAUGUAGUGUCAUCACACAGAAAGACUUUCCUACAAAGAAGAAGGAUCCAGGGAGUUUUCACAUCCCUUGUGCCAUAGGAGAGACAAUGAUUGAUAGAAAGUUUUGUGACCUGGGAGCAAGCAUAAAUGUAAUGCCUCUAUCUCUCAUGAAGAAGCUGAAAAUUAAUGAGUUGAAACCCACAGAUGUGAUCCUUCAGUUGGCCGACAAGACACAGAAAAGAGCACUAGGAGUGGUUGAAAACAUACUGGUGAAGGUGGGGAAGUACUUCCUACCUGCAGAUUUUGUUAUUCUUGAGAUGGAAGAAAGCUACCUUCAUCCAAUCAUUCUGGGGAGACUAUUCCUAGCCACUGCCAGGGCACUUAUAGAUGUGGAGCAAGGCGAGUUAAUAUUGAGAAUACAUAAUGAGCAACUUACCUUCCAUGUCUUCAAACGAUCACAUAAUCAAGAUGAAGAAGAGGACUGCAUAAAGAUUGAUAUUAGUGACACUAACCUGAAAGAAGCAACCAAUGAAUCAACCUCGGAGAAUCUGAAGUCUGCCCUGAAAGAGAAGAAAGAAGUAAAGGUGAUGUUACAUACUGAGGAAACUAAGGAGGAGUUAGGAUCACAAUAA